AUGUCCAAGGACAAACAUUGUUUCAAGUUGCUUCAUCCAAUCAUUAAACCAUCAUUUAUUGUUGACAAUAGUGAAUAUAGUGUUAGGCUAAACUGUGCAACUGGUGAAAAUAAACAGCCGUUUAAUCUUGCAAAAUCAAAUGCAGAUUUUGGCCAAUUGGCUGCUCGUAGACGUACUCAGAGCAUCACUAGUAGUACUACCAAUGAUAAUAGUCGCAAUAACAACGAGAGAUUUAAACACUCGAGAAGUUCGAGUGUAAAAGCAAAACGUCUCAGUAGAACUUUUACCAAUGAAGAAAUUGCCGAAGAAAUGCGACAAUUAAAUAUGGUACCACCUUUAUCAGGUCAGUCAUAUGGUCUUAACUCAAUAAACGAAGAAAAUAUUUAA